AUGGCUGUCGCUGAGAAGAACGAACUGGAUGCACUCUUGCAGCUUCUUCCCGCCUGCACAAGAUGUCGAUCAGUUCGAAAGCGCUGCGAUACCCUCCUCCCGGAAUGUGCCAACUGCACCAGAUCCGGCCUGCAGUGUACCUUUUACGAUCCUAUCUCCAAAGAAUCGCUGCCUAGAGAGUAUAUUUCGUCCCUGGUCGAACACUUGCGCUCUCUCGAGGCUGCCGGUGGCAAAGAAACGCCAGACCACCCAGCUCCUGUGAAUAUCGGCUCCAUUGUCAAAGUGCGCAACUCGUAUCCCUGCCUGGGGAAGAAUGCGCCUCUUGCUGCUGCUGCUGCUGUGGUGAGAAGAAAUCUGCGCCAAAGCAACUGCAUCUAUCUGCCAGUGUCAUCCACCGUAAUCGACGACGCAAUGCACCAUUUUCUCAUCGACAGGUACAUGAAUACUCUGCACGAUCUGUUUCCGGUUUUCAACAGCGACCAGAACCUCGAUGUAUUACAUACACUGCGACAGGACUCUUCAGGACAGACCUUCCUGCUGAAGAUGGUCUAUUCCCUAGCCUGCCACUGCUUACCUGGGAACGACAACCGCCUUGUUGAUCUGUCUGACGCUCUCUACCGGGAGGCAUUAAUUCAUAUCGAUACGUUAUUAAAAGAUCACAGUAUUGAAGCCGUGCAGGGAAUGCUACUACUCGCCCUGCGCAGCACAUUCGACGCCACGACUGGGAGUAUUGGACAACUUGUAAACUUCUCCCAUCGCCUGUUAAUUGAACUCACCUCCCAUAGUGUAUUGCAAAUGACACAGACUACGGACCGUCUUCAGUGCACGACUCCGAAGGCGAUUUCAUCGACGACUGAAAAUGCCCAGUCACUUUGUGCGGUAUAUGCCCUGCAAGCUGUCCACCGAGGAGAUACACCUACUACCCUAGACUCUAUCAUACUCGACAAACUUGACUCCAACUCACCCAUGCUAGUUGCAACAGUCCGCCAGAUCCAUCUCCUCAUACAACCAAGCAUCGAAUCUGCCCAGAACCUGCUAGCAGCAUACGACGACCAGAUGGUGUAUAACAUCUUCACGUCCCACUGGAUCUACCGAGCUGCGUCCUAUCUGAUAGACCACGCAGAUAAAGACGCUGCUACCGACGGCUGCAUUGCUGCAGCAAGGAUAUUGGAACGGUGUGCAAUGAAGUGGCCGAAUUCAAGAGCGUUGCAGGGCGCGUUGCAGGAUUUGAGGCGUGAUAAACGAACUAGUUGA